CACGUUGCCUACAAAGUCAUCCACUCCAAUAAUUGACACAUUAACACCCUUACGCAUUCUCAUACUAUACAUUAUACAUUAUAUAUAAAACGUAUAUGCAUGUGUAUAUUAUACAUAUAUAUGUGACCCAAGAAAGAGUACCUGCCAGAGUUUCUCUUCCCGUCCGGUCUCCUCUCCCACUUGCCUGAUUCAUCAAACGAUGGAGACCCGAUUCCGUCACCUCGCCGUUGAUUCUCCGAUCAUAUUUUCCGGCAACGACAAGGAGAGACGGAAAAGUUUCGGGCUCGUAGGCAAGGCUGAAUCGAGAGCCUCCGAGGUUCAGGACUUGCUCGAAUGCCCUGUUUGUAUGAACCUAAUGUCCUCCCCUAUCUACCAGUGUCCAAAUGGUCAUACCGUAUGUUCAUCUUGCAAGGCCAGAGUACAUAACUCUUGCCCGACUUGUCGAUACAAGCUGGGAGAUAUACGGUGUCUCGCUGUAGAGAAAGCGGCUGAAUCUAUAGAGAUUCCCCGCACGUCAGGUUACCUGCACGAUGAUCAUAAGCCGACACAAGAGGAAUUUGGUAAGAACAAACCGUAUAAUUGUCCGUACGCUGGAGCUGAGUGUCCAGUCACAGGAGACAUUCCAUGGUUGCUUUUGCAUUUGAGGAAGGAUCACAACGUCGACAUGCAUGAUGGGUGUGCCUUCAAACACAAAUAUGUCAAGCAAAACUUGCAAGAAUUCGAUCAUGCUACAUGGAUGUUAACCCUUUUCAAUUGCUUCGGUAGGCAGUUCUGUCUGCAUUUCGAGGCAUUUCACCUAAGAAAAGCGCCGGUGUAUAUGGCAUUCCCCUAAGCGGUUUAAGGGAAGCAUCGCGUAUUCGACAAGUUGUCGAUAUUUUCCGUAGGCGGCAAUGGCAGGAAGCUGGUUUGGCAAGGAGUUCCCAGAAGCAUCCGCGACAGUCACAAGAAGGUCCGCAACAGCCAAGAUGGAUUGAUCAUUCCACAAAAACUAGCUGUCUUCUUCUCAGGUGGCAAUGGCAUCAACAGACAGGACCUGCAACUGAGUGUUUCUGGCCGUGUCUGGAAGGAGAAGUGAAGAUAUAUAUACAUUUGCAUACAGCACCACAGAUAUUCCAUAUUUGUCAAUAUUGAUAGCAGAACAUUUUUCCCACAAGAGUCAGUAUAAAUACACUUUGGUGAACGUUGCUGCCA